AUGGCCUUCGGAUUGCUAGAGAGGAUGCUUACAGUUCAAAUGACACUUGAUGACUUCUUGAGGGCUAUCAAAAGGCAUUCAUUGGAUGAUUAUGAUGACCAAGGAGACUCAAGGGACGUUAGGAGGACGAUGGAAGACCAAAUGGGGCUAGAAAGCCCCCAGAAGAGGAGAUGUGCCCCAUUCGCUUUGGAGGUGCACCCAACCCGCUCUAGAUCCACUAGAGCGGGUCAAAACAGCCCACUACACCAUUGGGUUAACUUUGUAGAAGCUGCAAUACCUCAUGAACCUACUUUUAUUGAAAACUUGAGUGGUGAUGGUACUGUUAAGAGUGAAGACCUAGGUGGUGGUAAUGAUAUUUUUUCUAUUGGUAAGGACUUAGGUGGUUGUGGUGGUGGUAUUUCUGCUAUUGGUGGGGACUUAGGUGAUAGUGGUGUUGCUGCUAGGGGUGAGAACUUAAGUAGCGGUGGUAGUGAUUUUUUUGCUAGUGGUGGGGACUUUGGUGAUAUUGGUAUCACUGCUAGAGGUGAGGACUUAGGUGGUGAUGGUGUUUCUACUAUUGGUAGGGACUUGGGUUAUAGUGUUGGUGCUGCUAGGGACUUUGGUGGUGGUGGUGUUUCUACUAUUGGUGGGGACUUGGGUAAUGGUGGUGGUGCUGCUAGGGGUGAGAACUUAGCUGAUUGUGGCAGUGAUUUUUUUGCUGCUGGUGGGGACAUUAGUGCUGUAGUGUUGUUGCUAGGGGUGAGGACUUAG